UCGGCGCUCCGCUGCCAGGCCUGGGCUGGGCCUCCCUCAUUCCGGAAGCGGGGAGAACCGCGAUCGUAGGCAGCGUUCGGGCCUCGCCCCGUCGGUUCGUCCGUCUCCGUCAUGUCCACCAUGGUGUUCGGAUCGAAAAGCUUCAAGCCGAGGGCGCCGGAUAAGGGCGCCUUCCCCUUGGAUCAUUUCGGAGAAUGUACGCUUUUCAAAGAAAAAUUCAUGAAGUGUCUGCAGGCAAAUAACUUUGAGAAUGGAUUGUGCAGACAGGAGUCGAAAGAAUACCUCGAAUGCCGAAUGGAGAGGGAACUGAUGGCCAAAGAGCCACUGGAGAAACUGGGGUUUAAAGACCUAAAGGAAGAAAAACCCGAAGACCAACCUGAGACAGUGCAACAAAAUCCCUCCUGACCCUCAAUUCUGAUCCCAGAAUCUGCAGCCAUAUAUAUAUAUAUAUUGUACGUGGCCUUGUUUGCGUUUCGUUUUAAGAGAAAGUUAUUCUCGAAAAAGGUCACAGAAAUUCAGCAAAUGGCCGAUUUGAAGGCAUUCACUCCAGAAGGAUGGUGAUGGUGUUUUUCAGCUGUUUCAG